GUUUAUGAUUAUAAAUGGUACCCCCAGAUGCACAGCGACGACCCGAUCAGCUGCUGCUUCGCGUCGUGCGGCCGCGGCCAGCCCGCGCACCUCUGGGACGCGUUCACGGGCGCCUGCCGCGGCUCCUACGUCGGGCGGGACCACCUCGACGAGAACGCGCCCGCGUACAGCCUCGCGUUCUCGCCGUCGGGCGCGCGGCUCCUCUGCGGCGGCGACCGCUGCGUCCGCGUCUUCGACACGGGCCGCUGCGGCUCCGACUGCGACGCGCGGCCGACGGCGGCGACGCGCCGCGCCAAGUCGGGCGUCAAGGGCCUGCUGGGCGCCCUGGCCUGCCGGGACGAGGCCGUCUACGCGGUGGGCUCGUACGGAGGGCAAAUCGCGGUCUACGACGGCCGCGAGCCGUCCACGGGCCCGGCGCUGCGCGUCUGCAAGGACAAGCCCCUGGGCGGCGUCACGGCCCUGGCGUUCGACGGCCGCGGCCGCCUCUUCGCGGCGUGCCGCAACGAGCGAGAUCGGGCCUGCGUCCGGGGCUUCGACCUCCGCACCGGCCGCGUCGCCGUCCGGUGCCGCCGCGGCGCGACGCCGAGCCACCAGCGGCUCGGCUUCGACCUGCGGGAGGACCGGCUCUUAGCCGGCGGCGCCGACGGCCGGGUGUUCGUCUUCGACGUCGCGCCCGGGUCGUCUUCGACGGACGCCGCCGCGGACGCGCCCGUCGUCGCGGAGCUCCCCCGGGCGCCGGACUGCUGCAACGGCGCGGCCUUCCACCCGCACCGGCCCCUCGUCGCGCUGGCGUCCGGCCAGCGCCACUACGCGGAC